AGUUCGUUAUGGACCCGAAUAUGAAACUAUUGAAGAUACACGUCAAAAAUUAGAAGAUAGACGUAAAGUGAUCGCUAUAAAAACUCAUGAGAGAAAAGAUGAAAAAUACAGAAAAAAAAAAGAGACAGAAAGUACAGAACUUAAUCCAAAUCUUUCAUCAUUUUCUGAGUCUUCCACACAUCCUACAUCCUUUACACCACCUUUACCUCCCACAGCAUUUCCAGAACCUCCGGUACCUGGUAUUGAUUAUCAAUCGACAAGUUUUGCUUCUAUCUCUAACCAAACACCAUAUAUACAAUCAGAAGAUUCUCAAUCAUCCACAGUUCUUUCAAUACGUCAACGACUGAAAGAGGCUUCUACAGUGACAACUAAUGCUUCGAUAUCAGAAAAUAAUGCUGAUGAUAAAUUAGAAUCCGAGUCAUCAUCUAAAGUUUCUGCUCCGGAACAAAAAAGACGCCGAAGGAUAUAA